UCGGUUUCAAAAUUUUUCUACUGUAUUUUUCAGUUUUGAACACAAAAUUUUUUGAUGAAAAAAUUUCGGCAAAAUAUAUUCGUGGAAAUGGGACGAAAUAUUAAAGACCACUAUGGUGAUUCGGAAAAGCAGAUGUUGAAAGGUUUCAAAGAGGAGCUACGACGUCAUCGCAAACGCCAAAACGAACUUGUGAAAAAUUUCAAGAAUGAAAUUCGUGAAUACAAGAAAAAACAUCCAAACAAUAUCAACAAGAACUUUGAGAGAGCGCUCAGACGACUACAAAAAGAAGAUGCUGAAAAAAGACGUUGGAAAUUCUCUUCGCUUUUCAAAUGGGGUAGAGGGAAAAAUAUCGAAGACACAUCUUUGGACAAUUCUGAUUCAGACCAAAGUGAAGUGGACGAGGACCUGUGUCCUAUAACUCCAGGAAAGAAAGGUCGCAAGCGCAUUGCAUCAGACGUUGAAAGUAAUAAAUACUGUAAAUAUUGCCAUUUCAAAUUACCGAAAGUGAUUAGGAAAAGUCCGAAGAUAGUUGAUAAGCGAGGCGUAUGUGAUAUGGCAAAUUCUGGAAACCUUUCACUUUGCUCUACUAGUAUCGAUGAGUCGGCCUAUAAACAGAAUUUGUUGUCCACACCAGAAUUUGUAACAUAUCUCAAAGAGCUCAAUGCCAAGCAGAAUAAAGAAAAUGAUUCAAACAUUGAAGAACCUGGUAUCUUUGUUGUUAAUAUGCCACCCCCUUUGAAUUGUGAAGUUGAGGAGAAGGUCGAUGGGAAGCGCGGAGUUCGUAAGAAACAUGGGAAGGAACGAAUAAAAUAUUGGAAACCGAAGUCUUAAACUCCUAUAUUAAUGAUGUAGUAAUUAAAUUCGAGAUUCGUGAUAAAUUGGACUAUUUUCUGUUAGACACAAACAAACUAAAGCAAAUAAUUUUGCCAAAAACCAGAUUUAAACAGAUUACGAAUCUCAAAUUAACACCUAUUAAACCACAUUAAUUGGGGGACAAUAGGCUUGAUGAACACUCGAUCAAGAAUUUUGUGGCAAAUCCAUCGGUCAUGGUCGUAUCAG